UUAAGGAAAAAUGUAAUUACAUACACAGAAUGUAUGACCCAACUCUAUUUCUUUAUGUUCUUUGCUACUUCUGAGUGCUAUGUGUUGACUUCAAUGGCCUAUGAUCGCUACAUGGCCAUCUGUAAUCCAUUGUUGUAUAAUGUUGUCAUGUCUCCUAAACUAUGUUUGAUACUUUUAUUUGGUUCCUACAUUAUUGCAUUUUCUAGUGCUGUGGCUCACACUGCAUGCAUGAUGAAACUGACCUUCUGUGAUGCCAACACCAUCAACCACUACUUCUGUGAUAUUCCUCCUUUGCUCCAACUGUCCUGUACAAGCAUAUAUGCCAACAAGCUUGUAGUAUUUGUUGUUGGGAGCAUCCAUGUAAUUGUUCCUACUUCAACUAUCUUUACCUCCUAUGGUUUUAUCAUCUCUAGUAUCUUCCGCAUCAGUUACUCUGAGGGCAGGUCCAAAGCCUUCAGCACGUGCAGCUCUCACAUCCUUGCUGUUUCUCUGUUCUUUGGUUCAGCUACGCUCGUGUAUUUCAAACCCUCCUCAUCUGGGUCUAUGAAUGAAGGAAAAAUCUAUUCUGUCCUUUACACCAAUGUGGUCCCCAUGAUGAAUCCCUUAAUCUACAGCUUAAGGAACAAAGAUAUUAAAGUUGCCUUUAGGAAAACCAUAAGCAGCAGGAACAUUUGA